AUGUCCACCAUAACUUUUGUCACAGGAAAUGCCAACAAGCUCAAAGAAGUAGUGGCCAUUCUCGCCACUGGGGACUCCCCAGAUGGGGCCAAGGUGGGAAAGUACCUUAUAACAAACAAAUCUCUUGAUUUGGACGAACUUCAAGGCUCCAUCGAAGAAGUCACCAUCCACAAAGCCAAGUCAGCAGCAGAGAUUUUGAACGGACCAGUGUUGGUAGAGGAUACCUGUUUGGGAUUCGAUGCUUUUAAUGAUUUACCAGGACCAUAUAUCAAGUGGUUUGUAAAAAGUAUUGGACUUCAAGGUUUGGUAGACAUGCUUUAUAAAUUUGACGAUAAAGGUGCCAAGGCUAUAUGUACAUUUGGAUACUGUGCGGGACCCGGAGAGAAGGUGGAGUUGUUCCAAGGAAUUACCCAUGGCCGUAUAGUAGAUAGUAGGGGACCUACGAACUUUGGAUGGGAUUCGGUGUUUGAACCCGAUGGGUUUGACAAGACUUAUGCUGAGCUUGAUAAAAGCGUGAAAAAUGGAAUCAGCCAUAGGUACAAGGCGCUUACCAAAGUGAGGGAGUACCUUGUUAAUAAUUGA